AUGCCCAACUAUACAAAAUUCCUCAAAGACAUUUUGAGUGGUAGGAGGUCUUGUGAUGUGAUGGAGACGGUCAACUUGACCGAGAAUUGUAGUGCAAUUAUAAUGAACAAGAUGCCACCCAAGUUGAAAAAUCCCGGAAACUUCUCUAUCCCUUAUGCCAUUAACAAGAUGCAAAUUGAUAAUGUCUUAUGUGACUUAGAAGCUAGUGUUAGCUUAAUUCCAUAUCCAGUUUAUCAAAGACUUGAGUUAGGGGAACUUAUGCCUUCUAAGAUUACCUUGAAAUUGGCCGAUAGGUCAAUUAAGAUUCCUAAGGGGAAGGUUGAGGAUGUUCCUCUGAGAGUAGGGAAGUUUGUAAUUCCGGUAGAUUUUGUGGUGCUUGAAAUGGAUGAAGAUGCUACCAUUCCCAUUAUUCUUGGUAGAUCUUUUUUUGCUACCUCGGGUGAUAUGAUUGAUGUUAAGAGUGCAAAAAAUUCACUCAAGGUAGGAGAAGAGGUUGUUGAAUUUGACUUGAAUGAAAGCAUGAAAUAUCCAUGUUCAUCUUUAGAAAAUUACAAGUUGAUCGAUUCUCUUGAUCUUGUUAUAUCUUCCUUGCAUGAGCACUUGCUCACUUGUAAUGAUCCUCUUGAGAAUGUUUUGUUGAAUAAGGAUAAGAUAAGUGCUCCUAUCAAGGAAGUGGCAAUGUAUGAGGAUUUUCUUAAUGGAAGCAUUGAGGAAGUGGAUGAGCAUAUGUGCAUUAAUAUCUCUAGACAAGAAGCUUUGCAAGCCGCCACUUUAAAGGAAGGUGAAGGUGUAUCAAUGGUUGAGUUCAAACCUUUUCCAUCACACCUUAGCAUCAAGGGAUCAUGA